AUGGCGGACUUGAUGGAGGCAAAGUAUCAUGUAUUAUUUCUUGUACUUCUCUUAUUUUCUUCUAAUUGUUUGUACAUCCGUACAGUUUGGGGGCAAAUCACGAAACCUAACAUAGUGCUUAUCACGGUGAAUCAAUUUGGUCUCAGUGACUUGAAUAACAAUUGGGAAUAUCUGAAAAAUAUCAGGAAACUUUCAAAAGAUGCGAUCCAGUUUAGCCAUGCCUACACGCAGCUUUACCAGACCUCGUCAAGGGCUGCCUUACUCACCGGUCGUCUACCAGUCAAAACUGGAAUGCUGAAGGGUAGGUUUCUUCCCUUUACUUCGUUGCCUUCGAUUGCAUCCUCGGGGGGCUUGCCAUUAACUGAGCAAACUUUAGCUGAGUUUUUGAGGAGAAAUGGUUACACAAACAAAUUUAUAGGUUUGUGGGAUCAAGGUUUAGGGAGCAAAGGCAAAUUUCUCCCGUUGAAUCAAGGCUUCAAUUCGUGGUUUGGUGUCGUAACGCAGCACAGCGAAUCAUGCUCGAGCCUACGGCAAAAAUCUCACGAGACGUUUGUUAAUGAUGAGGCACUGUCAAUUAUUCUCUAUUGUGUAUUUUGGUCUCUUUUUCUUGUGGCUUCAUUAUGGUGUCUUUGCUUUCUUAAAGCAAAAUUUAUAUCCUUGUUGGUUAUUCUGGGUGUUGUCUUAUAUGCAACCAAUAAUAGGACAACGUUUAUCAUGGUUCGAAGUUGUGUGCUCUAUAAGGACCGUCACAUAGUUGCCCAGCCAUACGACGUGGAAAACAUCACUUUGCGUUUUACUGAUGAAGCCUUGGGCUUUAUGAAAACUGCGGCACACCCCUUUUUUCUGAUGGUUAACCACCUUGCGUUCUCAAAGCCGUUAUUUGCUUCUCCUUUCUUUAAAAAUACUUCUGGAAAAAGUGACAUGUUCUUGGAUUCCCUUGCAGAGUUAGAUUGGAGUGUUGGCAGUAUGUUACAGUCAAUUGAACAUUUAAAUCUAACUGAUGAUACUGUUUUUAUAUUCACUGCACUUUCUGGAGAUAUAAAUUUUAAUGAUAAUAGGCCGUGCAAUAGUUCCUCGGACAUGCAGGGAAAUCAAGAUGGUUGCCAUGGUUACUCUUUGAGAGGUAGGAAUUAACCCCCAUGUAACCACAAUUUUCAUUAUGACGACUUUUGCAUGAGAAUAUACCCUUUCAGAAAGUAUGUCACUGUGGUUAUAGAGCCUUGUUUUCGUGAUUGAAAUGUUUGUGUUUGACCAAUGUUACAUACAUGCAUGCAAAUGAGGCUCUGUAGCCAAAGUGUUGUAGAUGAAGCUACUACUACCCUGAGCUGCUCUAAACCAAAGAUUACUGUCUGAGUUUCUCACUGGUAAAGAAUAAUCUGAUAUAUUUACUGUCGUUCCAAUUGAAGUGUUGCUCAAAUAUUGAUUCAAUACAUUACCUCGGGCUGACCAAUAGCUGUUAUCGUAAUUGAAUACGCCGCUGUGGCAUACCAGCGGUAUCUCAGUGGAAGUAUGCACGAAAACGAGGCUAAAGGGUAAAAAACACAAAACAUGACCCUAUAGCCUCGUCUUGAUGUUAAAAUAAUACAGAUACCACUGGUCCGUAGCAUAGACGUGUUCAAUUACGAUAACAGCUAUUCAUUUCAUCAAGUUCCUCGAGAUAUUCAUACACUUCCUGUUGAAUAGUUUGAAUGCACCAAUCACCUUUGUUGUUUGUGCAACUAACCAAUCAUAAAUAGAAAGGAAGUGACCAGAAAUGAUCAAAUGGAGUUCAAUUACGAUAACAGCUAUUCAUUUCAUCAAGUUCCUCGAGAUAUUCAUAAACUUCCUGUUGAAUAGUUUGAAUGCACCAAUCACCUUUGUUGUUUGUGCAACUAACCAAUCAUAAAUAGAAAGGAAGUGACCAGAAAUGAUCAAAUACUUGGAAUCGGCUCUUUCACAGGAAGUGUAUGAAUAUCUCGAGGAACUUGAUCAAAUGAAUCGGUCAGCCCGAGGUAAUGUAUUGAAUCAAUAUUUGAGCAACACUUCAAUUGGAACGACAGUAAUGUUAUAAAUGUCUUUAGCAUUGAGCUAUAGAUAUUUACAGUAAAAUUACAAGGUUGGUGCAUUAGCUAGGGUGCAAUUCCACUUAAAGUGUUAAAUUAAACUUUUAAUUGAUAUAGUGCAAUUUGUUUACUCCUACAUAAGGUAACUACAGCACCCCUGACAACUGGGGAAAACAAAUACAAGUUCCAUUGUUGAUAAAAUGGCCAAAGAUGCUGCAUUCUGGUGCAACAAUAAAUCAAACUGUCACACUGAUGGAUAUCAUGCCUACAAUAUUACACCUGACCAACACAAGCUAUUCUAAUGAGACAUUGAAUGGUAAAUCACUGGUUGGUCUUAUUAAAGGGACUACAGAAUCAUUGCAUUCAUAUGUAUUUCAUUAUUUGGAUGUAACUCGACCAUCUGCUGUAACUCACAAUGAGUAUAAAGCAUUUUAUAGUACCAUGUCAGGUAAUUGUGUGGUGGUUUUUGAAUAAACAUUGGCAUUGUUUAAACUAGUGAUAUGGGGAAAUUAAAGAUCUAGUCCAUCCAUCAGCUAAUUCAUGUUAGAGAGAUGUUCACAUUUGAGAGGUCUGCGUAUUAGAUAGGUGUCUGUGUUAAAGAGGUUACCAUAUUGGGUCACUCUUCCUGUUGAAGAAAUUUCUGCCAUCUGGAAGGGAAGUGGAAAAUCUACUUUUGAUAAUAGUAAAAUGUACUAGGAUAUCUGAAAGGAGUAGGAGGUUCUUUCCAAUUUUCUCCCUGGGGAAAGUGGAGCUGUUUUCUGGAAUAACCCAUUAGAGAGGUGCCCAUAUUAGAGAGAUAACCAUAUUAGAGAGAUAUCUAUAUUUGAGAAAUGACCACAUUCGAAAGGUAUCCAUGUCAGAGAAGUUACCAUUUUAGAGAAGUGCCCAUGUUAGAGAGUUUAUCAUAUUAGAGUGGUGCCUGUGUUAGAGAGGUGUCCACAUUAGAGAAGUGCCUGGAUUAAUAUUAGAGAGGUGCUUGUGUUAGAGAGGUGUCCACAUCAGAGAGGUGCGUAUAUUAGAGAGGUGCGUAUAUUAGAGAGGUGCGUAUAUUAGAGAGGUGCCUAUAUUAGAGAGGUUAGUAUACGAGAAAUGCCUAUAUUAGGGAGGUGCCUAUAUUAGAGAGAUGCCUAUAUUAGAGAGGUGCCUAUAUUAGAGAGGUGCCUAUAUUAAAGCGGUUAGCAUAUUAGAGAGGUGCUUAUAUUAGAGGGUUAGCAUAUUAGAGAGGUGCCUAUAUUAGAGAGAUGCCUAUAUUAGAGAGAUGCUAAUAUUAGAGAGGUGCCUAUACUAGAGAGAUGCCUAUAUUAGAGAGGUUAGGAUAUUAGAGAGAUGCCUAUAUUAGAGAGGUUAGCAUAUUAGAGAGGUGUUCAUAAGCUUUGACUGUAUUCUUUUUUUAGAUAAUGGACUUGUGCAUCAUGACCCUCCACUACUAUUCAACAUACAAAAUGACCCAGAAGAGACUUCUCCUCUCUCAGUUGAAGACUACAGCGAGCUUAUGGCGAAUAUAUCGGAAGCGCGGGAAAAGCAUGUAGAAAACAGAACUCGCAAGUGGAUAUCACAGUUUGAAUAUCCAAUAUUACCCUGGCUAUUUCCCUGUGCUAAUUUUCCUUAUUGCCACAGGAGAGAUGUUGGGAAACUAAAACACAUUAUAUUUAAUGACAGUAUUUUGUCUAACUAGUAUCAUGUUUCUACAUAAAUAAAUAAAGUAUUUAUUAAAUAAAGUAUUUAUUAUUUACAUAUGCAUAAUGUUUUUUCAAAGGGACAACUUUCCAGAAUUUGUCUGACUGUUCAUGUGAUAAUGGUUUGAGGUCAAGGCUGAUAGCUGACAGUACAUGAGAACAGAUGAAUACGGAACCAUACUUGAACAGUCUAAUUUAUACUGUUUGGCCUAUUGCAACAAAUGGCAGUUGCAUGGGACACAUGAGACCAGAUAGCCUGCGCGCAGACUAUAUAAUGACAUAUAUAUAUGUCAUUAUAUAGUCUGCGUGCAGGCUAGAGACCAGAUGAUUAGAGCACAGUAACCAUUUUAAUGAACCAUUAAGAUGGAAAAAUUUGCACACUAUUCCCAGUUCGCCCGUUCUCGUAUUACGACCUCUCUUCCGGUUGAUUGACUUUGGUAACCGGAUUUAAUUAAUACAAAUUCUGGUUAAUCUGGUUACAACUAUUUUAUCUACGACUGUUCAUCGUUAGAUACAAAUGACGGUAGCACGUGUAAAUUUAGGUGCAAAUGUAACACGAAGUAUUUGUGAGAAAACCAACAUGGACGCCAAGAAGGGGCGAAAACGUAAAGGAAAAUCGAAUUCUUUCGAUCUAAAGCAACUUACAAAGGGACAAAAGAAGCAUCUGAAGGAAUAUGGAGAACUGCAUCCUGUUGAUCUGGAGUGAGUGAUAUUUUAAGCUUCGUAUAUUAAAGAUAUAUUAAUUAAAAAUCUGCUUUUAAUUGUGGAAAUUCUGCAAAUUAACAAAUAUAAAUUCUACGUGUAAAUCAAUUGCCUACGACGCACAAGAAUUUAAUGCUGUAUAGGAUUGCCUUCUUUAUUAGCAGCUUUCUUAUAUUUUUACCAUGGAAUGGUCCAAUCCGUGAAUUAAAAUUGUCGUGGAUGAAUAUAAAACAGGAUUUAUUCUAUAAUAUACACAGACAAGCUAUGUAUUACAGUAAUUCUGUCAGAUUAACCUAUCUCAGAUAUCUGUAGCACAUUGGGAUCUGGUGUCAGACGAAUACUCAUGGCAAUUUUUAAGACCACUCGGAUAGAUAAACCAGGUCUUUGUUUGCCACAUUUUAGAGAUAAUGAACAUGAAACACAGGCAACUACAAUGAAAAAGUCAAAAAAGAUUGAGAGGAUUAUUGAUGAUUCAAUGAAAACGACCAAGGUUUUUUAAUAUUUCUCAAGAAUUUAUAUUUUAUACUUUGUAAAGAGGGUUAAGAAAUAUGCCAUUUCUUAUGGGAUUAUCAACAAUAGAUGAUAAAGUGUUUCUGUUAGAGUACAGAGAUCUAGUGAGAACUAUUUCUUUAGCCUGUUUUCCAUUUGACAAAAUGAUGACGUUUUUGAGCUAGAAGCUUAGCACAUCAUGAAAAGUGAUGCCGAUGAAGGAAAAAAGUCACUUUAUGUGAUUUGAUUCGCAAAGAGUAUGACGGGCGUCAAUGCCACGUCACUCUUGCCACGGGAAUAGCUUGAGUACCUGGUGAAAACCUGGGACAAACUGGAAGGAUGCUCUCUUGUCACAUGCAACUGAGGCAAAUUUUUAGUUAGAAAAUGUAUAUGCAGGAAUUGAACCCUAGUUGAAAAUGUGAAACACGCAUACUCUAGCCACUGUCAUGAACACCAUCCUCAAUGCGCUGCUAACUUGAUGUACUAUAUGAUCGUUUGCAGAAAAAAGACCAUACUAAAACAAUCCAUAAAGAGAAGUAUGCACAGGUAUGUAUCUCUCUGGGUAAUGGAGCUAGUGUUUUGGUAGAUCCCAAUGUGGUAGAUAUAGGCUUCUUUAAAUUCUUAGUAUUGUUUUAUUCAGCUGUUGUAAUAUUACAUCCAUUAUUAAAGGAAUACCGAAUGGUUUUCUGUGCAUGCAGGAUUGUGUGAUCCAUGCACAAGGGAUGUCGCGAGACUUUCGGAAAGCAUAAAAACACUCAAACAAUUUGUAAAAUCAGCAUCAUAAAGUAACUAGUUCCACAAUUCAGUCAUUUUAUAAACUGUGAAAUACCCUCUUAGUACUAUAAACUGUAAACCUUCAGGAUGUCAAGGACGAUGAUGAACUUGAAGAAAUAUCAGCUUACCAGAAAUUGGUCUCCUCCUUUAUGAAUGGUCAAGCCUUGAGCAAGAAAAAAAUAACCAAAAAACUUACCAAGAAACUCAAUCAAAACAACACCAACAAUGUUGUUGAAAAGUCAACUAAAGACUCUAAGAUGGUUAGUCCAUUGCUAAUUACAGUUAUUUAUCAUUUUACAUUUUUUAAAACACAAAUGUCACUGUUCAAUAUUUCCAAAGUACUCAUUGUUUUUUUUCCUGUUAUUUGUUAUUCAUUGUUCCGCUUCCACCAUUGAUUAUUUAGGAGAAAAAUUUAGACAUAAAAGAUAACAAAGAUAACGAAAAAUUAGAAGAAGAGGUUUUGAAUUUGAAUGAAGGAAACGAUUCAGAUUCAGAGGAUGAAAUGAAAUCAUUGCCAGGAAGUAUGUUUCUUUGCCACAGUUGCACACUAGCAAAUGAAUUAUUAGUGAGACAAACUAUCUUUUUCUUUGUCGAUGCUGAUGCAUCAUCUUUCUCUAGUUUUGAAAUCUGACCACUAUCAUCUGAAUGCUGCUAAGAUCCGAGUUUAUUCCAUUUUAAGGGACGCAGCCUGAACCAUUUUCCCAACAUUUUGAAGUUGAUCUUGAAGAAGAUGUUAUUGAAAGGCUGGGAAAUAGGCCGUCAGUAAAACCAAUAAAAGUAAGUGAAGUUUUACUUAUCAGUGGAUAAUGGCUUGUUUGCUUGGUGUUUGUGGAAUACUAUUUAGAAAAAACUAUCAAUGACUGUUUUAUAUUUUAAGACUGCAGUUAAGAAUGAUGCAGCGGUACAUUAUCCAUCAUUGCCUGAGGCACAGUCGAAAGAUUUUCCUGCUAUGGACCCACAGUCAACUCUGGAAAGUUUAUGGGUGCGUAAAUAAUAAAUCGUAGGCAAGAAGGAGCUGAUUGUGUAUGUAUGUAAUGUAUCAUACACUAUUAUAAUGAUUUAAGAUGCUGAAUUAUUUUAAAUGAAUUAUUAAUGAAUUUGUAUUUUUUCACAUGUUUUAGGUGAAGCCCAAACUUGGUCAAAAUUGGAAUAACCUCAAUCACGAGAACAGAGUAAAUGGUAAGAAAAACUAUCCUUUAAAGAUGAUUUCCACUCCAUUCUGCACAUCGUUCUGCUCAUAACAAAGGGGGACACCAGAUAUAAACAUCAGCGUUGCCAACUGUAAUUUUGUAAAAAUCCCAAGUAAGCCCCCAAAAUAUCCCGAGAUUCCCUAAAAAAUCCCGAUAUUCCUACUUUUUUACGUCGUCAUUAUAAUUUAGGUGGUUUUUGCACCAAUUUCGGGUAGGAUAGCCUUGUACAUCAUGUUGUAAAAACGAAAUCUGACAUCAAAUGUACAGCUGAAUAGGGUUUAAAUACGAGUGGACGAACCCUGGAUUUUUAAAAAAAUUGUUUUUUGGUCAAUUUUACCAAAAAAUUGAUUUCUAAAUUUCGAACUUCCCUUUCUCAAAAAAUAAAAAAAAAAUCCCGAGAUUGACUUUUUAAAAUAAAAAUCCCAAAAAAAUCCCAACUGCUUUAAAAAAUUCCUAGAUCUUGGGAUAAAAUUCCGGACUUGGUAACGCUGAUAAACAUUGCCCAAAUUUUGCAUCUUUCGAACUUUUUUGAAUUGAAACGUAGAGUUUAUAUUCAUUUACACGCAUAGCAAACCAGAAAAGUGUUAGAUAGUCAGUUAGUAUAUUAUAUUUUACAAAUGUAGCAGUUCAAAACAUAAACAAAGUUCGCACAGGAGUGGACAUCAUCUUUAAAUCUUGGAAACUUGAGCCCUGGUCAAACGAGGAUGAGAGUUGGCAAGCGAGAGUUUGAAUGAGAGUUUUCUCAACUCUCAUGCCGGUCCCAGUCAAACGAGAACAAGAGUUUUAUGAGAGUUAAUGGGAGUUUACUGGAUACUGUAUUAGUGUAUCACCAGUCAAACGAGCAAAAGUUUUCGUCAACUUUGAUCAAAAUUUGAACCAGUUCAAAGUUGAUGAAAGUUAAUAGUUGAUGAGAGUGCACAAGAGUCGAUGUGAAUUGCAUGGCGGUCAAAAAAACAAGCGAGGGUUGCCAUGAUAGUGACUCCCAAAACCACCAUAUACAGUAUCAAUAUUAGAAAAUAAGCAACAGUGGGGAAUUCAAUCAUUGUUAAUCUACAUUUAUUGCGUUUUCGUAGGCGAAGCUUUUACAAGUUUGCAACAAGAAUUGUUUCCAAUUUUAAAUUCGUAUCAGGUAAGUUUUGUCUCAUCUUGAUCAGAAUCAUCACAUAAUAUUUUUUUAUACGACUUUCCUUUGUGUUUAAGCGACGAAAUUGAAUUGUUUGAUAUAUAGAAUAAACUCUUGGACAUCAAACUGAUAUUACAACACUCUUAAAUUAUUUUAGGAUCUAUUUUAUUGCAACCGAGAUUUUAAUAAUGGGGAAGAAAUACGGAAAAUGUACUGUCUACACGCGUUGAAUCACAUAUUAAAGUAAGUACAGCUAGACUAAAGGCGAAUACUGUAUUGAAUGGCAUUUUAUUUUGACACUUUAGCAUUGAUAAUUUGAAAUGACGUCCAACUUUUGUCUUUAACUUUAUGUUUUUAUAGAACCAGAUCGCGGAUUUUAAAAAACAACGCAAAGAUUGUCCAAGCACAGAAAGAAAGUAAAGAAUUGCCUGGGUAGGAUUCUUAGUUGCUAGCUUAGUUAAUGCAGGUGUUUCCAUGAUCUCUGUAACCAGGGUUCGAAUUGUCUGAUAAUUAUAAUUUUGCUUAAAAACGCAUUAAUAAUUCUUGAGGAAAAGAGAAAGGAAAUCACUACCGAGUACCGUGUCGAUAUGUGAUAAAAAAAUCAUGUCUAUUUACAUAAACUUAGUUUUGAUUUUCUCGGCUUAGGCAACGUUAAUUUUUAAAGUUACUUCGCCAAUGAACUCAUAAGAUUGGUCGUUUUUUAAGCCAUUUAAAACACUCGCAUGCAGUUUAACACACACUCGCAUGCAGUUUAACACACGAGUGCGCAGCAAGAGUACACCUGCUAUCAUGAUAAGGUUUAUAUAGUAUACAGUACAUAACCAUGCAUCAUCGAACUUUUAAGACGUCAACUCGUGUUAAUUAAGCUUUCUUAAUAUACGAUCUUCAUGCAGAGAGUCGUCUGAUUUAGUUUAAAUAUUAUUUUUUUUCUAUCAUAGAGAACCAAGAGAUCAUGGUUUGACAAGGCCCAAAGUUUUGAUCGUUGUGCCAUUUCGUGAUUCCGCUCUGAAAAUUGUCGAAAUAUUUAUCAAAUUGUUAACGGAAAAAGGAGAGGUGAGGAUGUGGCGGACUUACGGCUAGUUGAAACACCGAAAAGUUUGUUGGAAAAACAAUGUGCUAGCCGGUCACUAUAACAAACGAGUUCGAGUUAAUCAGGGUUCGUAGCGGUCUUUGAAAUCCUUGAAAGUCUUUAAAUUUGAAUGCAGGUCUUAAAGGUCUUUGAAAAGUCUUUGAAGUGUGUGAAAAAGCGAAGAAAGUCUUUAAAAGUCUUUAAAUUCUUUAGUGAUUAUUUGAUUAUACGAUUUCCUAGCUAAUAAAAUAGAUUGAUUGAAGCAAGAUUUUCGCAAAUAUCGACGAAAAAGUGCAUUUUAGGGUGUGAUUUGACGGGACUAAUUACCUGGUAAAAAUGGUGCUUAUACAUCGCAAUUUUUUGACACCUGAUUGCUCUCAAAGGUCUUGGAGACUACGAACCCUGUUAAUGGCUGUGGCAGACAUUGGGGGGAGGGGUGGAUUAGGCUGCCAACAUAUGACGACCAACUUUUGUAGCUGGUAAUCUCAGUUCCCUAAACUCAGUUCUUUAAGCUUUUCUAAAUUUUAGGGUCAAGUAAUGAACAAGAAGCGAUUUUUUGAAAAGUUUAGUGAAAGCGAAGCCGAUAGUGGUCCGCAAAAUAAACCUGGUAAUUAUAAUUCUUUUUCUAUUUAUAUGAUCAUUAUAUUAAUUAGUACUGUAACAUUUUAAUCGUAUAUGCAUUUAAAGUUGGGAAGACGCUAAUCAUUCGUUAUUGCAGCUGAGUUCUGGAUUGCAAAGGAACGCCACUCAAACGUAUUGGUGGCUUUCAUCAUACUACAGUUCAGUGCACAUGGAGGGCAUUUACACGAACGAAUCUUGUUACUUGCCUUACAUCUGUUUCUGUGUUAAAGUCUCAUGGGAUUGCUUGGAAGGCACCUAUCUAGCCUGCAGAGCAAGGCAUUUUGGUUGGGGGCCCCAAACAACACGCUUGCUCUACAGGCUAGCACCUAUCGGGCUGUCACCCGGUAUCACAUGUCUGAAAAUGGAGCAUAGCUGAGGCGGAGGGGUUAGUUUUUGAUGAGGGAGGGCCCGGAGAAAAAUUAACCUCGAACCACAGGAAGGAAACAACCAUAUAUACUGAUACACUAGAAGUUUAAUUGUGUGUGUGGGGGGGGGGGGGUAUCGCAUUUGACGACAGAAGGGCGUGGUUUCUGGGUGUGGUCAUCCCAAAUUAAUUCUUCAGUUGCAUGAAAUUUUGGAAUUGGACAUCAUAUUUUUACGAUGAACUGAAACGACGAAACUCUACUAGUUUACAUUUUCUUAUUUAGAUGAUUUUAAAAAGAUGUUUUCAGGCAACAGUGAUGAUUUUUUCCGAGUUGGUUUGAUGAUCAUGAGGAAAACCAUCAAGUUGUACACAGAGUUUUAUUCUUCAGAUAUUAUUAUUGCUUCUCCUGUUGGAUUGAGGUCAAUUAUUGGUGCAGAGGGGUAAGAUCGUAACUUUGAGUACGCAUAAAUUAUUUUUGUAACGAUUGAAAAUUUUGUAUAUUUAAUUAACACAACACAAUUCUACUGGGCAAUUGUGGCAGAGUGUAUAACGUCAUGUGCAUUUCAUCCAAGUCUUAUUUUUUCGUUAAAAUUAUAAUCAUGGUUUUACUUCGGUCGCAUGCGAGAAGCGUUGUUCCGGUUAAACUUCAGCAAACACCACAAGUUUUCUCCACGCUGGACCAAUAUAAGAGAUGUUCCUUGUGCAUCACAUGAGGUCGACUCUACCAAACAUUGCAGGUUUUCUCCAGGCUAACAAUUGAGGACCUUUAUUGGACCUCUAUGCAGAACAGUUCUGAGAGAACACAUAAACAUAGAGUUAUCCAGUAUAUUGUUAGUCUUAUAGUUUUCAAAAUUUGCUUCACAACAAGUACCUUCACUACAUAAUUUUUUGCUUAAAUAAUCAAAUCAUAGGAUUUAAUUGUCCUAAUCUUAAAAUUUUUGCAUGUUCCAUCUUUCAAAAUAACAGAGAGAAGAGAAGGGACUUUGACUUCUUAUCUUCAAUCGAGGUUUUAAUAAUGGAUCAAGUCGAUGUCUUCUUAAUGCAGAAUUGGGAACACGUGCAGGUAAAGCUUGAUUCAUGAUUUUAGUAAACCAGGAAACAUUGUUAUCUGGCCAUGUUUCCAGAAGGUCGGCUAAUCGGGAAACAUUGUUUCCUAGUCACGUUUCCCGAAUUAAGUUGUGACGAAACCAGGAAACAUUACUUCCUAGCCAUGUUUCCCGAAAGUAGGCAAACCAGGAAAUAUUACUUCCUAGCCAUGUUUUACGAAGGUGGGCGAACCAGGAAACAUUUUGCUGGAUUUCUAUUUGCUGUCGAAAUUUUUAACUCAAUUUCCUUUGAAUGGCGAGCGGUCAAGUAGAACUGAUUUAUUUCGAUGGUCCCAAUUCAAAAGAAAUAAGCGAAAUAUUUCGACGACGAAAUAUUUAUCUGUAAGUGGAAAUCCUCUCUUAGCCUUUCUCCUUUCUCCUUGUAGCAUGUCUUUGAUCAUGUUCACCUGCAACCGAAAGACUCGCACGAAGUCGAUUUCUCCAGAGUGCGAAUGUGGAAUUUAAAUGGAUGGUAUGUUAGGAAAUUUCACAUGCAACAAUGUCUGCUUUAUACUAGAGUUCCGGAAAUAGGAAUCUCUCUGAAGGAUCAUCUGUCUUGGUGUAAAGCUAGGGGUGGAUUUCUUGGGGAAUGCAGGUGGCGCACCCCUCCUAGUAUUGGCAAAAGGCAUUUAUAGAAUAAUGUGAUCUACUGUAUACAGGUAUGAGUCUUGAAAGCAAGCCAAUUACCAUGCAUGAGCUUUUCCUGUUCGUCUAAUACUGUAUUCAUACGCAUACUGUAAGAUAAUCAACUGACGAACUACACUGCAUUCAUCGUCGGAAGAACCACAGUGUAUGUCUAUUCUUUGCCCAAGUUUGUCCUGAUGGAUUGUCCGUCUCUAUUUGGCUCUUCCACAUUCCCUCAAAUUUGCUUCAAAUUAAAUUCACGUAGCCUGUAAGGCAGGCGCUUGCGGGUUGGUAAAGUAGAACGCAAAUGACCUUAUGCAUUCGGUCAUUCCCAUCAUUCAACGCGGGAUGAACGACAGGGGACGAGUCAGAGUCGGACCAUUGUCGUGCAGUGUAUUUUAAUGUUCCAUACAGUGAUAUGUAUUAAGUCUAUGCUUCAACUUCCAGAAAUUGGAAAACCUCCAAACAAUACUUCUAACAUGAAGGUGUGAUCAUUGAUAAACUACUGUACUUAUUUUCUUGUUUUAGGUCAAAAUAUUACAGACAAACAGUUCUAUUUAGCAGCUUUGUCAGUCCAGAGUUGAAUUUUAUUUUCAAUAAAGAGUGUUUUAAUAUCCUUUUACAUGGCAUUGCCUAGCCUGUGCAAUCAUUGUUAAGUGAUAGAAAGGCUAUAAAACUUUGAAAUUCCCAAGAUAGCUAAAAUUUGUAUAUAGCUCAGUGUUGAAGAGCAGGCAGAAAGUUUGCAUUUUGCAGGCUGGUUGCGGGCAAACCGGAGCGUCGAGCAGACUAAUCUUUCUUUCCUCGAGCAAGCUUAUCCUUCUCUCCGCCCUCGCGUUAGCCCGCAAAAUGCAGGCUUUUCAACACUGAGCUAUAUAUUUCUAUAUGCAAACCUAUGAUUACGUCCGCCAGGAGGUAAUAAGGUUUUCAUCCACAUUUCUGUGUGUGUGUGUGUGUGUCGGCAUGUCAAACAUAUUAAUACAAAAAUUUGUGGGGUUAAUGAACAUUGUCCAAAGACAGAUUGAUAGAAUUUCGGUUAAAUGUGGAUGAAAAUUGGAUGAGAAAUUAGCAAACGUUUGUCCUGCUUAGUCGGAUAGAGUAAAGUGAAUGUAUAAUUUAUGCAUGAUACAUAACUUAAUUCACUGGCCGAGGUAUGCAGCCUUCGAGUGCCCUCUAGUUCCCACUAGUUAUGACAUAUGUUGCUCUCCAAUAAAACCCAGGGUGGGCUCCUUGUGGUCUAGACUACUGUAUAUAAUCCGUCACACAACCGUCAACAUCAACUAAUUAAGAUUCCCUUAACUCUACUCAUAUUACUCUGGACGAACUAAAAUUUUACCUGCCAGUCAAGUUGGUUCCGUUUGUCAAGUUGUUGUCCAAAUUCCUCAGGUAAGUCGUGACCAUAACAACCCUUCCAUUGUAGCAUUAGGAACAUUUCCAUCUUAGGAACAUUAGGAUUUAGGAUUUGAGUGGUGAGAUUUUAGGUGAGAAAGCCCAAUCAGUUUGUGGUUGCGCUUUCACUUUUUAUACAAGAGCUGGUUAAGCUUUCUCUUUUUUUACUUCGAAUUAGAAACUUAAUUCGAAGUAAAAAUGCGGCUGCCAGACAUUUAGCGUUUUCAAAAAUUAUACUACAGAAUAAUAACAUUCAAAGCCUAAAAGAGAAAAGCCAAAAUAAAAUAAUAUUUAGCUAUAGGAUUUUAGAUUUUGGGAGUGUUUCUAAAUUUCCAGGAUGUGUAUGUGCCAAUUAACCAAAAUAGCUAAACACACGGUUCCAGUUAUGCUCGCCAACAGGACAUAGACUAUGCUUGUGGUUGUUCUUUGUAUGCUUUGCAACCAAAUACAAGACGAGGAUACGCUUAUAUUUGCACUGACAUAUGUUACAAUUAUAUUAAUGGGCAUUGAUUUUCACUGUGGAAUUAAGCUCAUCAACAGUUUUUUUUUUCAAAUAGUUUGUAAUUGUUUUAGAUCUACCAUAAAGUGCUUGCUCCAAGUCACAAGGAAAUUGCGGAAAAAAGAUUUGAAUUCUUUGUCAACAAGGUAGGACUUAACCCCCAAGAGGGAACAGCUGGGACAGAGCCUAGGUAGAACUAGUCACUUCGCAAGAUCGCAAGUUUUCGACAACUAAGUAGCUAGUUCAUAUUUUAAUGCACAAAUUGUCCUAAUUUCGAACAGCUAACAGGUGACCUCGAAAUACAAUUUGAAGUUUGCUGUUUUCAGUUAGCGAUGUGCCGUACACGUCAAUCUGUUGCUCUAAUAAUUUGAUUUUGAAUACCUUGGGUUUGGAAAAUUUGUUGGUUGUGUGGUACCAGGUAGCAACAGUGGCGUAACUUUGUGCUAAAGGCCCCCCGGCUUUAACUGGAAUAGGGCCCCUGGUCCUGCCUAUUUAAAGUGGUGUCAGGGGGGACUCCGUCAAAAAGAUGUAAAACUUGCUGAAUGAAAUGCAUCAACUUCACCACUUUGUCAUCCUUGUUCAGGGGCCCCCUAAUUGAUUUGGACCCCUGGCUUGAGCCAGGCGGAGCCCAAAGAGUUACGGCACUGGGUAGCGAGACUCCUGCGUACCUUACGUGGUACUUACUGACAACAAAGUAGUAUACCCUGGUAGUAUCAGACCGUAAUAUUGGCGUGUACAUAAGUACGCGAAUUAUCGACCAACAUGGUUUGAAAAGACUAAUAACUAAAUAUUUUUAUUUUCACUGCAGAUAUUUCCAGAUCUGCAAGGAGCCAGCGGGAUGUUAUCCCACACAGCUAUAUUCAUUCCAUCCUAUUUCGAUUUCGUGAGGUUAAGAAAUUUUCUCAAAAAGGAAGAAAUUGAUUUUCUACAACUGUCUGAGUAAGUUAAUUGCUGGUUUAUAUGUCUUUCACCUCGAACCACAGUUCGAGUCUUGCAUUAUUGUUUGCUGACUGCAUGGUCUGGUCACAUAUGAGAAAUAUACCUCUAGGGAGAACUUAGAUAGUCGAACUUGCUAUAAACAAUGCAGAAUGUGGUGUAGCGUAAACUAGAUUGCUCUAAAAUAUGACAUGAAUUAAGAUACUAUAAUAGCCGACAGAGACUUUUUUGAGUGGAACUUGUAAAAAACAUUGCUCAAAUUUGGUUUGCCGUUUGCUCGCACGUUUCGCUUUUGUAGAAGAUUCGUUUGUCGGAGUUGAACACGCUCAAAACAUUAUGUUAAUUGCGUUGCUUGUUGCUGAAGUUGUUGUCUGUUUUCCAGGUAUACUUCGAGAGCAAAUAUAUCGAGAAGUAGGAAUGCAUUUCUUCAAGGAAAAACGUCCUUAUUGCUUUUCACUGAAAGAUUUUAUUUUUAUUACAGGUAGGCAAACGUUUGGAAUUUCAAAAUCAAAGAAUAUGAAAAAAUUUGUUGAAAAUGUUUUGAAGAGGGUAUUGGGUAUACUGACUGUUUAUUACCCUGUAACACUUAGUCAAUUCCCUCAAACAUUUCUUACAAACUCUUCAAUGUUUAGAAUUUAUCUAUAUGCAAAAUUCCUACUGUGAUCACAGAAACUUUGAUAAUGUAAACCAUCAUUAAGUGUAGAAUGGAACAAAGAUGCAUGAGCAAGCAUUUAAAGUGGAUUGAGUGGCAUGGGGCAUAAGAACGCGUUAACUGAUUAGAUCCAGUAUUAAAUAGACUUUUUCUAAUUGCAGAUACCGUAUAAGAGGAAUCAAGAAUAUAGUAUUUUACGAGCUACCGCAUUACGCUCAUUUUUAUCCGGAAAUCGUAAACUACAUGGACACAAGUUUAGAAGGUGGAGAAAUCAGCGCGUCAAAUUGUACUGUACUGUAUUCCAAGUUUGAUAUCCAUAGACUGAGUGCAGUCGUUGGUACCUCAAGAUGCUCGCAGAUGACGGCCUCCGAACAAACAGUACAUAUGUUUGUGACUGGCGAAUAA